UAACUAUCAUGUUCUUUUUUCAGCUAUAACCGGCAGUACAGACGGCAUCGGCAAGCAGUACGCGUUGGAGCUGGCGCGGCGAGGCUGCAACCUGAUCCUCAUCAGUCGCAACCCUGACAAACUGAAGGCAGUAGCUGAUGAAAUUGAGCGGGAGCACAAGGUGAAGACGAAAAUUGUAGUAGCCGACUUCAGUUUAGGUGCUGAAGUGUACGCUAUGAUCGAACAGGAGUUGAAAGAUUUACCCAUAGGCAUCUUAGUGAAUAAUGUUGGUGUGAAUUAUGAACAUCCCAUGCGGUUGUGUGAGAUUCCAUUACCCAAAAUGUGGGAGCUGAUCAAUGUGAACGUGGGCGCUGUCACCGCCAUGACCAGGAUGGUAUUACCAGGCAUGGUCAGCAGAGGCAAAGGCGCCGUCGUCAACGUCUCCUCAGGGUCUGAACUGCAGCCCCUGCCCCUGAUGACGGUGUAUGCUGCCACUAAGUCUUACGUGCGUAGCUUCACUCUCGCGCUGCGUGAAGAGUAUGCCCCCAAGGGUAUCUACAUCCAGCACCUGUCCCCGCUGUUUGUGUCCACGAAGAUCAACGCGUUCUCCGACCGACUGAUGGAGGGCAACCUCCUCGUGCCUGAUGCUGCUACGUUCUCCAAGUAUGCUGUGUCGACCCUCGGUAAAGUGCAUAACACUACAGGAUUCUGGAUUCAUGGUAUACAGUAUUUCUUCAUAAAACUGGCGCCAGAGUGGAUCAGGACCAAGAUCGGGUUGCGCCUGAACAAAGACUUCCGAAAAGAAUACCUACAGAAUAAAGUUAAAGCGAACUGAUAUACAUACAUACUUGUAAACUAUGUCAAUAUACAUAUAUGUAGAGUGUUGAGUUAGAACGAAUUUCGAUUGCAACCAUGGAGUUACUAUGAAGUUAGCAAUUUAAUUAUUUAAAUAAUACUAGCGAAUGCCACAACAUGAGUUGCAAUGACUGAUGUUUGCAUGCAAUGGGGGUAAGGCAAUAAACAAUAAAUUUUUCAAUAGUAACGCACUAGCGAAUUAGGGCUCUCAAAUAAUGAUAUUAACUAAUAUAAGAUCUAAAAUAUUGUAUUCUAAAUAUAACAUAUUUGGGCUCAAGUUAAAAAUAGUGGAAACUUCUUGAGUGUUUUAUACGAUUUCGAACAAGCAAGAACUUAUAGCAACAAAAGA